AAAUUCCUCAAGGUAGCUGCCAACAAUCAGCAAAAUCAGUUGCCACAGCAGCAACAGUCACAACAGCAGACUCUUCAACAGGACGCAACCCAACAGCGUCUAAAACAGCAGCAGCAACAACAACACUCCGAUUUCCUCAACACCGAUUUUGAUAGCAUCAGCAAUCCUACAAAUCUCUUUGAUGAACAAAAUCUGGAAAAUUUCGAAGCCCUUUCGGCUUUCGAUAUGGAGUUGUCGAAGUUACAGGCCCUAAACGCUGUUACCCUGUGGCAGGCACAACAACAACAAAUGCCUUUGUUGCAGAAUCUCUUGCAGACCUACAAUACCAUUAAUCAAUUUCAAAACUGGCAAUUACAACAGCAGCAACAACAGCAGCAGCAGCCAGCGGCUCCACCUCCACAACAAACGGUUCCCAAUUCGGUACCGCAACGUUUGAAUAACGGUAAUAAUUUUAUCAGCGGUUUUAAUUUUAAUGGUACCGAGCCCCCCUUAGAUCAAGCAGCUAAAUUCUAUCGAGGAUCGGCAGCAUUUUGUGAGCCCACCUGUACAUGGAGCGGUCAGUUGCCACCGCGUUCGCAUCGCCUCUACCAGUUUUCGCCCAAGGUGUUUUUGGGCGGCAUUCCCUGGGACAUUAGUGAACAGUCGUUGAUACAAAUCUUCCGGCCAUUUGGUCAGAUAAAGGUUGAGUGGCCCGGCAAGGAAGAGGAAGGUACCCAACAGCCUCGUGGCUAUGUUUAUAUCAUAUUCGAAUCGGAUAAACAAGUGAAGGCCCUGCUCUCGGCCUGUGCUGUCCAGGCUGAUGAACGUCAACAUGGUGAUGGUAUUUUCUAUUUUAAAAUCUCCUCCAGGCGUAUCAAGGCAAAGGAUGUUGAAGUCAUACCCUGGCUAAUUGGUGACUCGAAUUAUGUCAAAUCGACUUCCCAAAAAUUGGACCCAACCAAAACGGUAUUUGUCGGAGCCUUGCAUGGUAAACUGACUGCAGAGGGUUUGGCCAAAAUUAUGGAUGAUCUCUUUGAUGGAGUUUUGUAUGCAGGUAUCGACACGGAUAAAUACAAAUAUCCCAUUGGUUCCGGACGUGUCACUUUUAAUAACAAUCGUUCAUAUUUGAAGGCCAUAUCGGCCGCCUUCGUUGAGAUUCGUACACCGAAAUUUACUAAGAAAGUGCAAAUAGAUCCAUAUCUUGAAGAUUCCCUAUGCUCAAUAUGCGGAGUACAACACGGACCAUAUUAUUGUCGAGAGCUGAGUUGUUUCAGAUACUUCUGUCGCUCCUGUUGGGAAUGGCAACAUUCAACCGAUCUCGUCAAAUAUCACAAACCGCUGAGCAGAAAUUCAAAAUCACAAACAUUGGUCGGAAUUGGUCCGGCAACAUCGACGGCAUCAAUUGCAUCGAAUGCUUCGACACCAUCAUUACCGUCGAUUAAUUCCCGCCCAGUAUUGAGCUGUCGCCAGACUCCACAACCAACGGUGGCUCCGACACAAACACAGGAAUCGUUCAAUGCAAUGUCGCAGCAGCAACAACAACAGCAUCAUCGUCGCCAGCCACAGGCUCAACAAACCUCGCAGAUUGGUUUCCAAUUACCACAGACGGCAUCGCAACAACAACAACAACCACAAUCAACUCAAUCUCAACAGCAGCAACAACAACAGCAACAAAUUCCUGCUCUAAAUGCCUUUCAUUUUUAA